AUGGCAGCCCCCCACCUCCGCCACUACCAAGAUGGCGGUAGGGUAGGCGGGACCACAGCGCGCUUCCAGCCAAUGGGCGGAGGCGGCGUCCCCCGGCGGGCAGCCAAUGGCGGCGCAGGGCGGGCGGGUUUGUUUGGCGGGAAGCGGGCGGGGGCCGCCGUGAUGGCGGGCCCGGGCGGGAGGAUAUGGAAGGACCUGCUGGGGAGAGCCAGGAAACGAAAAAGCGCCUUUAGGAGCGGAGCAGAGCUCCAGGAAGCGUCUCUGCACCUUCUGGAUUGCCAUCAGAACCUGAAUGACCUCCUCCUGGAGGUGGAAGAUUCAGUCAAGCCAGGUGGACAGGGUGGUGUAGAGCACCAGGAAGUAUCGUCAGAAUCAUUUAUAGUCUCUGUGCUGCAGGAACAGGCCUCAAGAUUGGGUGUACCCACAGCAAUCUUGGCAGCCCAAAAUGCUGUUACCAACAUCGAGCGGAUCUGCCAGGCUUCUGCAAGCCCCUUUCAAGUCCCACUGCUGAACUUGGACCAGAGAAAGAGGUUGUCUUGCUUGCUUCAAACGGUCAAGGAUUUGCUGGCAAACAAUGUGUUCUGUCGCUCGCUCUUCUGUCAAGAAAUGUGGAAAAUGAAGGACCCUCCAGUGCUGGAAGCUGUGUGGCACCUGCACAGAGGCAACAUUGUUGGACUGGGAGAGCUGCUGGAGAGCAACCCGGCUGCCCCUGCUGUGGUGGAGUGGCUGUGCGACAGCCUUUGUGGCCUCUGUGAGCAGGUGGAGUCCUCCGGGGAUGUGGAGCUCGCUGGGCACGUUCUCUCAGACUUUGCAAUACUGUUUCUUCAGAAUGGCUUUCAGCAAACUUCGGAGCUGGGAAGGAAGUUGGAAUUCAAGAAUGUCCCCUAUAUCUGUCAUGCCGUCUUGCGAAGAAUGUUGACAUGGGUGCUUGACGCUGUUGGUAAAGAGAAGCAGGAAGAUGUUUCCACAUUGCAAGCUAUGAGGUUCUGGCUGAAUGUGUUCAAUGUGUCAGUUUAUAAAAGUGCGGUUCAUCUGGAUUCCUUGCAGCAGUUUUUUAGACACACCCUGACCGAAGUCCUUACCUACAACCCGUUGUUGAAAGUGUGUGAUGCCAUCCAUAUGCAGAAAGAGUGGAGCUUUACAAGAACUUGUUCACUGCUUACUACCUUGUAUCGCAAAAUGUUCACGGCAUUCAGUGCAAAGGAGUUGAUCUGCCAGCUGCAGCAAGUCCUGGAGACUCAUGAAGUGAACUGGCAGCAUGUCCUGUCCUGUGUUUCCACGCUGGUAGUUUGUCAGGCUGAGGCUGAGCAGCUGUUCAAAGAUCUACUGAGACAUCUCCUGAUAAAGGCCUUUGAGAAUUAUGAUAUGGAAAAUAUGAUCACUGCAUUCCUGAUAGCUCGUCAGGCUGCUCUAGAGGGCCCUGCUGUGUUCAUGCCUUACUCUGAAUGGUUUAAGGCUUCCUUUGGGAGCUCUGGUGGUCACCACGGGAGCAGUAAGAAAGCUCUGGUCUUCCUCUUUGAGUUCUUGUCAGAGCUAGUGCCCUUUGAAGCAGCGCCAUACUUGAAGGUCCAUAUAAUGUACCCGCCUUUUGUGCCAACAAAACAUCGGUCCAUUCUCUUGGAAUACAUCACUCUGGCUAAAACCAGACUGGCUGACCUUAAGGUUGCUAUAGAAGAUAUGGGGCUCUAUGAAGACUUGUCUUCCACAGAUGAAUCUGUGCAGCCCCAGGGCCAGGCACUUCGUGACGUUGAAAAGGCCCUUCAGAUAUUUGAAAACACAAGGAAGAUCCCAACCUCUGUGAUAGAAGCCAGUAUUUUCAGGCGACCAUAUUAUACUUCCUGGUUUCUUCCUGCUUUGCUGAGGCCACGUGUGCUCCCUAAAACCCCAGAUGCACGCAUGGCUUUUAUAGAUUCUUUAAAGAGAGCUGAUAAAAUACCCUCAAACUUGUACUCCACAUACAUGCAAGCCUGUCGUGCUAUGAAAGAGAAAAUGUUACAAGAUGAAUCAAAAGUAGAGACCAGCCAUUCCAAAGAGCCUGUUGAGCAGCUGAAGGCUGAACUGGCUGAACUAAGGACACUGAUUGUGGACAAGGCUAAAUACGAAGAUGUGCCAGCACAGAUUGCAGUGAUUUCUGACAGACUCAAAAGCGUCUUGGGUCACAGCAGUGAUGAGAAUGAAGCUGCUACUUUGAAUUCUCCAAUCCAAGUUGAUAUUUCUGCCCCCAGGCUGGAACCCAGCCAUCAGAGUGUUGUUGAUCUUCUGCUGACAUCGUUCUGCCAAAACCUAAUAGCUGCUUCCUAUUUUAACCCUCCUGACAGGCAGGGACCAUGUCUUUCCUUGUUUGUGAAGAUGAUGUGUGGACACGGGAAUCUUUUACCUGCCCUUCUGGGCAGGCUCUGCCAGCUUAUUUAUCAUCAGGGUCCUUCCCUGAAUGAUGCUCACAUUUUAGGACUAGCAGCUUUUGUGAUCCACUUAAGUGAGUGCAGAGCUUUAAUUCCUGAAGUGAAAGCCAAUUGUGGGAUUUCUGAGCCUGUUUCUGAAAAGGUCCUUUCCAUUUCGGAGUACUGGAACUGCUUGCUAGUGUGCAGGACAGAAAAGUCCUUUGCCUUCUGCAUGAGGUUUUGCACUGCAGCAGCAUCUUACCUUAUGUGCAAGUUUCCAUCCUAUUCUUGUGAAGAUUUGUGUGCCUUGCUUCCUCCUAGCCUAUUUAAAAAGCUGCAGUACAUCGUGCCACGGCUGAGCUUGGAAGCUCGGGGAAUCCUGUGUGAGGAGGCUAAAACAGACCUAAUCUGGAGUUCCCUGUCGUGCCCCUCUCUGAACUACAAAAGAGCCAGCCUCUGUCUAUGGAAGCAAGCACGCUUUCAAGAGCUCUUGAAGGAAAAAGCGCUCCAGUUGUCUUUCAGAGAGUGGCUGCUGUUGGAGCUGGAAGUGUACCCUGAAAAAGAUAUUCUCUCUGCUUCGGAAAGACAGGAUUUCCAUUAUUGGGCCAUCUAUCAAUGGUAUCUUCCAGCACCUUCUGCUUCUGGUGGCUGCGACGGAGACCUGGAGAAGGCAUGUGGCAUUAUUAUCAAUACCAUUCUGGAUUCCUCACAAAGGUUGGACCUGGGUAGCUGUGGCCAGUCGAAGGUGUCAGUCAGUCCUGAUAUUCUCUGCAAGCUACAGGAGAUGGUGCUGGAGCUGGGGUGUAGGCGAAAGUUGCUUUCUGGCUGCUUGGAUGCCCAGAGACACUUCAUGUUUGAGAUUCUUCAGGAAAGACUGAAAGACAGAAAACAUAGCUCUGCUUUGGGUGAGCAAUUAUGGAGGCAGCAGGAGCUGCUGCUGCACAGAAGGAUUCUGGUAGGGCUCCCUGCAUCCGCUCUGAUCAUGACUUGUCGAAAAGGAAAGAAAACCAUGUUGGACUGCGAAGACUUUUUUCGUUUUGUAAACUUGGAGCUGAAGAAUGUCUGUUCCAGAGGGUAUGCACUCUCCUAUGACAUCACCGCUCACUUCUUCAGGGGCCUGCUUAAUGCCAGCUUGGACUGUGAAGAAUCGGCAGAAGGGGUCAACGAUGUUCUAACAGCAUGUCAAACCAGAUGUCCCAUUGUGCUUUUCUCUGCAGCGCUUUGGUGGCCGAGGCUGGAGCCAGUACUUUGCUCUCAGUGGAAGAGACUCUUUGGGGCUCCACUUGCAGAAGAACUGGAAAGACUGAGGGAAUGGCAGUCCUCAGCUACCAGCUUCCUUUCUUCAGGAGUGGUUUUCCCUCUCUCUGGCCCUCCUUGGAUUUCAGCUGCCUUCCUCCAUUGUACUAUUCAACAGCAGUCACCACAUGGACGGGAGAGAAAUGCACUGAAGAGGCUGGGGACUGACACAGAGCAGCUUCUUGUUUCUCUGCUGUUCUUCUCACUCAUGGAUCUCAUCUCAGCAAAAAUAGCACCAAAGGAAGGAGUGGAUUUUCAGACAUCUCUGGAAUGGUCACUGGCGAUCUUGCAGUGCCUGGAAGAGAGGGGCACGUCCUGGCCCCUUCUCUUCCAUUCAGCAGAGAAAGACCCUAGAAAAUAUUGCGUCCUGCGCAGCGCAGCCUCAGACUGUCACAUCCGGCUCUUGCCUGUUGCGUUCUACAGCCUCACUCCUUGCUUUCACCAAGAGCUGCUCACCAGAGAGCAGACCUUCCUCUACGUGGCGCUCGAUUUGUACAUCCAGCUGCUUCGGCUCUUUGUGGAAGGAAAAGACCUGCUGCGGCAAAGCCCAGACACCACAGAGCAUGGGGAUCCCUUGGAGGUGAUCACCACAGCCCGGCGGUUCCUGUUUAGUGUGAUCCCAGGAUGCCCUGCCCCAAGCUUUGGAAACAUACAACCGCUACUGGCCACAUGUGAAGAACUUGACCCAGAGCUGGGAGCCACUCUCCUGCACUUCUCAAGGCCUGCUGCAGCCAUGGAGCUGGAUGAAGAGCCGGUCCUGUUCUGAGCAGAACACCCUGACUACAGAGGAAGGCACAGACAAGGUGCUACCUUUCUCACCAGUGCUGUUUCUUUCAAAUUACUUUGUAAAUAAUUUAUUACAAGCAUAACCAUGAAGCUCUUGUUACAAUAAAAAGUAGGUUACAAAUUUCA